AUGGACCGUGACCCCGAGCACGACGAAACCCACAACGCCGUCAUAGGUAGGAACGGGCGCAACCUACAUAUGCAUAACCCCAACGCCAACUUCAAUCCUUUCGCUGCCGGGUUCGGAGCACCACUCCUUGUGAACCCUGCCGCGUUACAAAUGGGCGUGAUGCUCGUGAACCAAGCCUUCACAUCCGGAGCCUACUCGCAACAAGCUAUUCCAGCGGCCAUGACCAUGCAGGGGCCUCAGAUGGAGGAUAACUCUACCGACGAGUCGAUACUCAUCGACAGACUAUUCGUCGGGAAGAUCAGGGGGCUUACGCUGCUGCAGUCCAUUCGAAGUCUCGGAACUCCCAAAAACCGGGAGGGCCAUUGGAAAGACCUAUACAUCGACCGAAAGGCGUAUAUCGACGAGGAGGUCAGAAAACUCAUUGAAGGAGAUCGUGCUGGCCCUGUUCCAAAGGUUGAGAAGAAGAAGAAUCUUCACAUGACCACAGUCAACUUGCACCCCUCACGCAGCUUACGCAACGCAGGCUCGUCCAAAAACAAGAGCAAUGGCAUCGACGAUCUUUGGAUGGCCCCAAAGAAGGAGCCUAUCGCGCCCGUCCAUGGCCCGACGACGUCUACACCACCCUUGUACACGAAAGCAGACGACAAAUACCUGACCAACUGCUUCGCGUGGCAAUUAAAGCAGGAUCCUUCGCAGUCGAAGACUGAAAUCUGCGCGAAGAUAGCGUCGAAGGCUCCUUAUCAUAACUCUGCGGGCUGGUCGAAACGUGCGUCGAAAUUUUUGGAGAUAACGAGGAUGCUCUCCCAGGCCGCGAGGAUCGCUAGCGGUCGUGACGGAACCAACAAGGACAACAAUGAAGGCGAGGAAAGCGAAUCAGAGGGCGAAGGCGCGCCUCUGACAGACUUGGAAUCGACCGAUGAGGAAGGAGAAGGUAUUGGUCAGGCGGGCCAGCCGUAUACCUCACGCGAACGUCGAACCAUCUGGGAAUGGAUUGGGCAACACAGCAAGGGCGAGUGGGAAGGAAUGUCCAUGGAGGAAAGAUGGUCCAUUAUGAAGACAAAGCUUCCACACCGUGAGAUGCAUGCGGUUCGAAAGUACUACAUGAAGAACUCCGAGUUGUUGGAUGCGAAGGCGGAGGAAUACAGGAAGCGUCGGGAAUGCAGACUUGCCGCCAACUGGCAGCAGUGA